ACCCUUUGCUUUGAUUGGAUGCUUCAUCCACUACGACGAACGGUGAAAAGUUUUUCUCUUGUGUAAAUUUGCAGAAUUUCUGGGGGAGGUGCGAACAGUCGUUUGAGAUAAUCUCGAUUUUCCUUCAAUUUAAAUUGAAGCAUUUUUUUAUACAAGAAAAUUACUUCAAACACACAGCAGCAAUACAAACAACUAUAGUUCCACGCUAAUAAAGAAUAAAUAAAAUAAAAAAAAACCAAAAAAUUUCAAUUGAACGACGAAAUCAAUUAACGAUUUUAAACAUUUAAUCAAAAACCCUAACUCAUCUACAAACAAAAAAAUAAUGGCGCACAUUGGACGUACAGUUAAAAAUGUUGAGGCGCCACGCCCAUUAAAAUCACAAUCACGCUCAUCACUGAAAAACAACUACAUGCUGAUCGAGGAGCUCAUACAAUUGAUUGAGAAUGUCGCGUUGACUCUACAAUCGGGCAUAAACAAUACGGAACCGAUGGCUGCGCUAGUGCAAAAUUUACGCAUACACGGACCACAAUUGGAAACUGUAUCUAAAGAUACAUUAGACCGUGCAUUCGUUGUGUUCCGCAAUGCUUCGCAGGACGAACGCUUAAAUAUUAUGACGAGACUGAAUUUGCUCGAAUUGAUAGAGUUGCGCGCCAAAGGCUGGGAAGACAAUGGCUUCAAUUCGUACUACAAAACCAAACAAGUAACGAACAUCGAUCUAACCGAUGGACAUAUUGAUCCAACGCAAACCGGGUUCCUAAGCACCUCCCCCACAUUUGGUGGGGCUGGCGCGGCUGCGGCAGCAGCUAUAGCAGCUGUUGGUUCGGCGCAGCAAACACAACUACUAUUGGCACCGGGUGAGGUCAUACGAAAUUCGGGAAAGUUUCCGAAACCAACUAAAAUACCAGGCAAAACUUAUUGCAAAGAUGAAGUGGUUAUACGCAAUGCAGAUUCGGGAAAAGUAAUGGGCAUUAAAGGCAGACGUGUCCAUAUGAUUGAGGAAUUAAGUGAAACGAUAAUUUCCUUCCAAAGAGUAAAUCCUGGCGCUAAGGAACGUUUGGUGCAAAUAACGGGACCGACUGAAGAAAAAAUCAACUAUGCCAAACAACUCAUCGAGGAUACCAUACGUCGCAAUGCCUCACCUGUACGUCUCGAUCCAAUUAUUAGUAGCGGUCAUGCUGGUGGCGGCGGCGGUGGCUCUUGUUCUUCCCUAGCGUCUUCCAAUUCUGAUGAUGCCGUUACGCCACGUACACCAGGCGCUGGUGGUGCUGCCACAAGCAGCCUAGCUAAUCGUCUAAGCUUCAAUUCAGCGCAAAAUUUCAUGACUGGCUCUGCGGCAGCGGCGGCAGCAGCAGCAGCCGCUGCUGCACAACAGCAACAGGUCAUGAAUAUGAUGGGUGCCGUCGUUGGUAGCACUUCCACACCUACGGCUGUUGCCGCAGCUGCAGCUGCUGGUAAAGUGUUGCGUCCAAAUCAGCAAAUGUUAUUGCAUUCAUUUUCCACCAAUGAUGCUUCUUUAGGUGAAUACAAAUACACGGUGAACGUGGGACAGCAUCUGAUAAAAAUCACCGGCGAUUGUUGUGACCUUGUGCGGGUUGCAAAAUUAGUGCUGGAUGAUUACUUUAGCAGCGCGGAGUUCUUAGCUUCAGUGGAGGCUGGCGCCGCAUUUGAUGGCAGCAUUGUCAGUCCGAUUUCAACACCGUCCACGCCUAUGACUGCACCACAGUUCAUGAUGGGUACACCCUUGCACGCUGCACCACCGCUGGCAGAUAGCGGAAUCGGCUUAAAUUAUAUGGCCGCACAGGCUGCCAAUAGCGGUGUACAUGAUGGCGAUGAUGAAGUAUUUGCUGAUACAAAUGCUGCCGGUCAAAGCAAUGGCUUAUCGCGUUCACGUAGAAGUCACUUUUCCCGUAAAGACUCUACACCAGAAUCAGCAGCUAACUCAACAGCAGCACGUGGCAAAAAUGAUAACACCACUGCCGGCGCCGCCAGCGGCGAUACGCCACGAAUUGUACACGAAUACGAGCAUUUGCUUUACUAUGCGAAGAGUCCCCAUUCCUGGGCACUGCCAGAGGAGUGGCAGAAAAUCUGCGAAAAGUUCCCAGCCAUCGUACGCAAUAAGGUAACACAAUUCAAUGCCACAACAGGCACUGUUACUAAUACAGCACCGAUAUUACGUGUUGCUUCCAUUACUACCAAUCCUACUAUUUCUACUCCUACUUCUACUAUUACUACUACCGUCACUGCAAAUACGACCAGUACUUUGCCAAAUAUUGCUAGUAAUAAUAAUAAUAAUAAUAUAAAUAAUCUCUAUGCUAACGCCACAGUUGGCACCGUUGUUAGUGUCGUUAGUGCUAAUGUAACGAUUAGUAGUAUAAAUAUGUCCACAAAAACUACAAAUAUGUUAGCGCAGUCACAACCGCCCACAGUUGUUAGUACAACACAAACACAAACACAGGCACAGCAGCAGGCUACACCUAUGCACACCCACACUGGUGUCAGUUCAAUCGCACACAAUCGCCAGGUUUAUGAGCUGCAAACACCAUUACAUAUCAAGCGAAAAGGUUUCUUUAAUCGUCAAAUUGUCAGUAUUGAUGAGGAGGGCUACGAUGCGCUGCAACAUCAGCAACAUCAAUACCAUACAGAGCGUCAUUAUAAUACUAAUGUCAAUGCUGCUGGCGCUAAUAGCUUAUAUCACCGCCCCUAUGGCCAACGAGCAGAUGCUAAUGCCAAUAAUAGCAAUAACCAACAAGCAAUGCACUAUCAACAACAUCAACAUCACCACGCAUUGAAUCAGCAUCAACAAAAAUUUAUGUCUGCGCGCCCAGGUACUACCACUACCACUCCCAAUUUCAAUUAUGCUAAUAUGCUAUAUAAUGGCGCUGGUGCACUACCACCGGCAACUACACAAGCGCCACCUACCAACAAUGUUUCGGCUAGCUUUAAUAAUGGCAACAAUACGGCUGGUAACUCCACCCUUGCCCUUACCACUAUGGAUAAUAAGCCACAAAAAUUAUUAAAUAAACAAAUUAAAAUGAUUUCCUCUAUUACGGAGAACAGUUUUCUCAAUGAGCCAACUGAAGAAUCUACCAACAAUGCACUUGAGUCUAACGAGAAUGUUGAAAAAGGUGUUGAUGUUGAUGUUGAUGUUGAUGCUGAUGCUGAUGCUGAUGCUGAUGUUGUAGUAAUUAGUGCCACUGAGGGCGAAAAGGUAAAGGUGGCUAAGAACAAAUCAAGUAAAUCGAGAAAAAUUCGGCGCAACAAAGGAAGUAAUGAGGUCAUUGAAGUCUACGAAGACGAUGAUAAUGAUACUGACGUUGAGUUUGUUAGCGAAACAAAAUAUAUGGAUACCGAAAUUGUCAUCACUGCUGAUGUUGUGGCAAAUCAGAGACGUGCCACUGAGCGACCAAAAUUUAUGCGUGAGUUUCGAUCGAAUUCGACUUGCGAUUAGUAUAAAAAUUAGGUGGCAAUGAAAGGGAGGGAGCGAAGGUUUUAAAACGAAAGUAAAGUUUUGUAUAAAAUAGAAGGGACGUGAGAUGAGUAAAAUGAGAGUGGAAUGCAAAAGUAAUUACCAUGAUAAAAACUUUACAAUAAUUAUAAUUUUUGUAUUAUGGUAAUUACGAUAGAGGAAUACUUUUCUCAACGAAAAAUAAAAAAACUGAGUGAAGUUUUCAAAACGAGGAGACAUUUUUUUUUUCAUAGAGGAGCGUGUGUUAGUUGUGAAAUACGACAAACCAUUACUUUUUUUCAAGCAAUAAUUUCUGGGAAAUUUCAGAAAGGUAUCCAUUAUACAUAUUUCAAGAGGAAAACAAUAAGCUAGCGGCGUUAGUCCUUAGAAAAUAGUAUUAGUCGUUUCGCGCUAGCAGUGCGAAAAGCCUAAAGCUUUUAAAUAUUUAAAAAUUCGUCUGCAUUUGAUCCCAGUGUAAAAAAUGUCACGGCUUUUUAGUGUUAGAAACCUUAAAUGAAAUACAAAUUUAUCCAUUUGGCAGCUCAGUUGUCAAUUAUUUACACGAAUGAUUGCAUGAAUUGUUCAACAAUACACAAUCUCAAAAACGUUAAAAAAUGUGUCAAACUGUCCCUAUAAAAUAGCGGAAAAAACUGUGUGGCAUAAUUUCUUUUUAUAAAUUAAGCCAUCAAAUUACAUAGGUACAUACAUACAAUAUAUUUUUUAUACAUAAAAGUAUGAGGUGAAGGAAACCAAAGCAGCGUACACAUAUUUGAAAAAUUUGUUCCUUUUAGUUAUUAUUAAGAUUCUUUUAUUUGAUAAAAAAAUAAAUUUUAUCUGUGGCAUGCACAGUUUUGAAGUUAAUUGCAUAAUAAAAACAAAAAAAAAUAUUUUAAGAAUUUUACCGAAAAAAGCGAAGCUUCUAGACUACCGAAUAAUCAGUUUUGUGUAACUGUAAAUGAAAAGCAAAAUGAAAUUAAUGUAUUAUACAUUUAAUUAAUCUGUGUUUUGGCUGUGAAACAGAUUAUUAUUAACCAGAAAAAAAUAAAAUAAAAACUUGAAUUGAAAUGAAAUAUAUAAUUUAAUGCAAAGGCAGUACACUUGCCCAAAAUUUUUGAAAACGAAAAGAACAUGCAUUAAAAUUAAACAAAAUCGAGUUGAACACAAGUUUCACAAAAAAAAAAAUGUUUUGCAAAUUUUGUAGUUUUUUAGUAAAGUGAAUAUGCAAGCAUUAGUACGGUAAAAUAGAAAAUACAAUUAAGCAAUUACAAACACCUACACACACACACACACAAAAGCAAACAGGGCCCAGUUUCGUGCAAUGAUAUAAAUUUAUAAAAAUGUGGGGAAAUUGAAAAUUUAUUAAAAAAUUAUUACUUGAUUUUUUUUUUGCACUUUAAGGGCUGCAUUUAUAGUGCGGUGUUAACUCACAUUCGUCGGUAACUUUAAAUUUUUGUAGGGGAAAUCGAUAGUUAAUUGCCGAUUUUGAAUUAACUUGCCGCUGUGAAGAAGGCUAAGAUUCUUUUUUUUUAACGCGUAUUAUACACUCAUUGUAACAAAGUUCAGCCAGUUUUUUUUUUAAUUCCAACGAACGUAAGCUUUGUUUUUGUAAAGCUUUAUGGAAUUACUUGAGGGGUUUCCCUUUAUUUUUUUGGCAAGCGUAAGCGCAAAUUAGUUUUAAGGCAUGUACGAAUUUUGCAAACCACCCGAAGGCUUCCCUCCCAAUAGGCAAUUCAAUGAAUUCAAGUGCUUCCUAAGGUUGGCCGCCAUUAAAACCAUAUAUAUUUACAAAAAGAAAUUUAAAAAAAAAAUAAAAUCGAUUGAAAAAUUUGCAACCUCAGUUCAGCGGUUCGAACCGUUUUAGCACCUUUGGAUUGGUACGUCAAAACUUUUUUUUUGUCUUUCAACCGGGAUUUCGGUCCGGGAAUUAAAAAAAA